CUUGGCUGAUUUAUUGAACGAUGCCUCGAUGACAGCGUACACACUGUUACUCUGACAUUUCCAGGAAGAAGAAGAAAAAGAUUAAUCUUCUAUGUGAGUGUGUAUUUUGCUCCGAUGCAAGACAUGAACACAUGCCGAGAGCUAUGCAGGGCAGAUGGAGUGUUCUGAACGACAGUGAAGACAUUAGAAGAAGUGAGUGGAACACGAACAGUCCCCGCUCAGAACGGUCCAAGACACUGUUUGAGGAAAUACGUGCCUCCAUCUACAACAAUGACAAAGAAGAGAGCUCCUUCUGGAGGCCUGUCCUCCCCUGGGGGGGCGUCUUUACCAUCAAGGCCGGUCGUAAGGCCGUGUCGUGCAUCCCCCUGUACGUUAAGAUCAACCUAAAGAACACCUGCACUAUCGACGGCUUCCUCAUGAUCCUGUAUGUAAUCCUGCGGGAUAACCAGGGGUUUUCCAGAGAGCUGGCCGUCUUCCUGGGGAAGCAGUUUGUGGAGUACUUCCUCUACCUGAUGGACUCCUGUGACUACACCACAGUGAAGAUGCUGUGGAUCUGGGACAGGAUGUCCAAACGACAGUACCGCUCGGAGAUCAACCAGGCGGCGUUGGAAAUUGACCUGUUUGGGAACGAGCACGAGAACUUCACAAAGAACCUGGAGAACCUCAUGUGCACUAUGCAGGAGUGUCUGUGCAGCAACUGGAGCUGCCCAGCCCGCUUCCAGGAAUUCCUCAAGACCACCAUCAGCAUCAGCCCACCUCACACACUACCUCACAGAGACCCCAUUCAGUCAGCAGUGGACGAGUUCUUCUGCCCCAAGCUGGUGCUCUGCUCAGAACUGGGAUGUGACGGUUUACGGGAGUUUUCUCAGAGGAUAUUCUGCCACGGGCCCCCGCCCUUCGUCAUCCUGAACAUGCAGCAGUGGAAGUCGGAGGAGCUCUCCUACGUCCCUUACCACCUGGCUCUGUGUCAGCACAGGUACUUACUAGAGGGCGCUACGCUCUUCAACAAGGAGGAGCAUCACUAUUCGGCAGCCUUCCAGAUCGACGGCUGCUGGAUCCACUACGAUGGCCUCAGGAGUGACAAUCUGGUCCUGUUGCAGAAGCCGCCAGAACUCCUGUUGCUCUCCUCUCUGGUCUACAUUCGUGCCUCGGACAAGUGAACCGAACCCUGGAGUGUGUGGACAGCCAGAUAGUGAAACCUUCGUACUUUCUUUCCUUUUCGUUUUCAUUGACUUUGCCUUAAAAUUAUUCCGCUCAGCUUAUCCUUUUUUUUUUUGUCUUUAAAAAAUUCUGAAAGUCACAUGGUCCAUGUCACCUGGUUGAAAACAGGUUUUUGUGCAUACUUGGAAUCCAAGAAUCCAGUGGACUAUAAUAGUUCUAUGUUAAUAAGCACUAAAUAUGCAGUUAUCUUCACACAGAGGGAAUUUAAACCAUGUUUAAAAGUGGUAAAUAAUUACAUGGUGACGAUGUAUUUUCUGUCUAGAUGCCUCACAGCAGUGGUCCUCAAACCCUGCUUUGUUGAGAGGACGACAGCCAAUGGGCGUCCCUCGUCCCCACAUUGGCUGGAUAUGAAAUUUAUUACAAAUGGUCAUGUGUCUUGUUUAUCUUUACAAAUACACACACACACACACACACUAGCUCUUGGACUGAAACCCAACUGGUGCAUUUUCUACAUUUUCACAGUUUUUCCUGUGAUUAAAACACAGCACUUAAAGGUAGAGUGUGUAGUGAUUGGUUUUUAGCAAUUCAGGUACCCUUUCCCCCCACCUGCAGGGUGCGCUAUGAACACAGUAAGAACGCUUUAUCCUCAAAAACAGCGACGUGUUUAGUUGUGAUGUUCAGCUCCUGGUUUUAAGUGACAAAUACAGAUGAUUUUAGUGGUAAAAAAAAAAAAAUCCAAAAUGGACUGUGAAUGAACUAUGACUAAAACACUCUGCCUUUAUUUGAAUGUUACCUUACAGUUUAAGCCAUUGAUUACCAAAGACUGGGUCGCAACCCUCAGGUGGGCCACAAGAGAUUUUUUUUGGGGUCGUUUCCCAGGAAUUUACGAAUAAUCUCUAUUGACUUGGGUCGUGAAGGUUUGUAACUUUUAAAAUAUGGGUCCCCCGAAAAAAAGUUUGGGAAACACUGAUCUAAGCCAAUCCCCUCCACCCCCCCCAUCCCCCACAUACAUACACACACACACACUUCCUCUUUGGGUUUAAGUGGCAUCCCUGUUCAGUUAUACGUGCAAUACUGCCCCCUGUGUUUGCUUCAUAUUUAACAUUAACAUUUAAAAACUGAAAUAAAAACCUCUUCCAGGACAUUAAACUGGCGACAAAUGUACAAAAUAUAAUGAAAGCAGUGAAACCCAGUGUUUCCCAACCUAACUGGAAUAUAAAGAUCAUCUACCUUUAAUUGACUUUCUAAGUACGAAAUCUGUGCCUGUUCGGUUGAAAAGAACUCUGACAUAGUCGCAGGAAUUGAAGAAAGACUCACGAAGAUCUUUAACAGCGAAGUCUGUUUUUGUUUUCAUAAGCCAUCUGCUUCCACCUAGUGGAAGAGUAUUCAUUGUUCAGCGUCUGUGUCUGAUACGUAGACAAACAAAGACAAAUUAUUAGCAAUGAUAAUUAGUAGUGCUGUACGUUUAAGAAAACUGUAAGAAAACGUACUUAAUUACGUGAUGAUGUCACACGGCACACCGGUUGGGAAACACUGGAACAAAGUAACUAAACACAUUGUGUGAGGAAUCCACCGCAGAAAAUAUAUAAUUGAGUUUUUAUACAUUUUGAUGUUUUGAAAUUUCCUGGUGUCACGUUGUGCCUCUGCUCUGUGGAGCAGGAAAAUCCUUGCUCCGGGUUUUACCAGUUACCUGUCUUUCUAUGCAGUCUUUGAAAUGCAAAUAAAAACAUAUUUGUAAACACA